UUUAACCAAAUUGAGAAUACAUGCGAACGUUGACACAAAAACAGCACCAUCAAAAACUUCUCUGGCUUAUGAUAACUCCAGUGGACAGCAAAUCCAGCAAAUGGCAACUUCAAACAAAUGA